AUGUCUACAGACCAUUUGCUCUACCCAAUGGAAUUCUCCAGCCACCAGGAUGAGUGGCUUGAGUUCGACAGCCUGUUCCAGCUCCCUUCGGAGUAUCUAGACAGCAAUCCCACCUCCGUGGAAUCUAUAUCUCCGCGCGACCUCGACCAGUCGUUCGCUGAUACCGAAUUCCUGAACUGGGACUCGGACCCCGCUAUGUUCUCGCAGGCCAUGUUCCCCGAGUUCACGACGAGCUGCGAAGCCCCAGUAGAAGGGCUAGACCCGUCUGCAUUGGACUUCCAGUCGUUCAUCAACCCCAAUGCCGUUCUACAACCGACAUCUCAAGACCAGUUUGUCGACGCUGGUUCCGAGAGUGCUUGGAUUCCAGAGACACAGGACUUUGGGGCUCCCUCUUCUUUCCGUUACAUGGUUGAGUCGCAGGCGGCUCUGGACACCCGUUGCUUCUCGCAAAAAGAGAAGCGACGGGAUGCUUCAAUUGCGCUACACUUGCAGCGCUUCCAGGAUACGCCAUCAAACAACCUCCUUUCCUCUCCUAACUGGUCUGAAUCCUCCCUCGAUGUGACGCAGUAUGAGCGUUCCUCCACAACGUCGACUACCCCUCCUGUCUCUGACUCGCAAAACUCGUCUUCGCCUGUAUCUGGGUCGGAGCCUGGGACUGGCUCCAUGCAGUUGGUGUUGGAUCUCAACAUGAACACAACCACCAAUGUGCCAAAGAAGCAGAAGCCGAGGUCGAGAGCUCAGAAGGAGAACUACAUCAAGGCUAGGAAGUAUGGGGUCUGCGAGAAACAUCGCAAGCAACACAAGAGGUGUAACUGCCUCGAGAAGGCCGCAGCAGCCGCGGCAGGAACUUCUCAGCUCAAUGUUAAUGCUUCACGUGCUGACGCCAGCACGCUAUCUCACUUGCGCACGAACCAUGAGAGAUUACUUGCGACCAAGUCGUCGCUACAACGCUCUGUCCACAGCCCGACAGGCUUUACGAAUGUCGAUCCACUAAGACCACCGACGCAACCUACACGGGUACCGCUUCCGGAUCUGUCUCCUACGCACCCGCUGGCACCAGCCGGCGUCCGCGACCAGGUCACAGUGAGACAACCGGUAGAUAUGCGCAAGCCGAAUGUAUCACGCACGCUACCGGUACAACCAUGUGUCUCGCCUACAAGCCACAACAGAGGUACCGGCGUUCGCGACCAGGUUACACAGAGACAAGCAGUAGAUAUGCUCAAGACGAAUAUAUCACGCACGCUAUCGGCACAGCCAUUUGUUUCGCCUACAGGCCACAAUAGAGCAACUGCACAGAACACGCAAUUGCUUGUUACAACAAGCGGAGGCUUGCUGAAUGUACCCGAUGUCUAUAGAGACAAGCGCAGUCAAUCCGUGCAACAACACACGCAAAGAUCUACGCAACGACCUACGCAACAAUCCCCCAGAUCACAGUCCACCGGACUAAGAUCAGGCGAUCAGCAAGUUCGCCAAACCUUACACGAUUCGGUGGGCAGACUGCCAAUUGGCAGUCGCGGUACAUUGGAUGUGCCGGGAUCUGGAGUUGCAGAUUAUCCUCUCCUUGAAUGCGCAAGCACAGUUGUCCGCAGGACCGCGGCCAGCUUGUUCACCUUCUGCAGAGACUCAUUAGCUACUUCGUCAGUGGCAGCCUCUGCCUCUUUCCUUGGCCGUCUUGCAGUGUUCUCUUCCAAGCUUUAUAUGCAAUCUAGGAAGGGAAUGGGGUUCUUAUGA